AUGGGUUUAUCCUUUCCUCUCAUCAUCUUGAUCAUGCACUUUCUUGUUUCAUUGAUGAUGUUUUAUCUUAUACUUGCUGCCUCUUCUUCUGGUGUGCAGCCCCUGUGCCAUGAUAAUGAGAGAUUUGCCUUGUUGCAAUUCAAGGAAAGCUUUAUUAUCAAUCAAUUCGCGUCCGGAUAUCCCUCUGCUUAUCCAAAGGUUUCAAGGUGGAAACUAGAUCAAAUCAGUGAUUGUUGCAAUUGGGACGGUGUAGAGUGCAAUAAGGACAAUGGUCAUGUCAUCGGCCUCGAUCUUAAUAGCAGCUGUCUUCAAGGUAUUCUCAACUCCAAUAGCAGCCUCUUCCACCUUGCUCACCUCCAAAACCUCAAUUUGGACGACAAUGACUUCAACUCUUCUCCGAUCCCAACUAGUUUUAGACAACUUUCAAGGCUAACAAAGCUCAGCCUCUCUUUCUCUGUAUUUUCUGGCCAAAUCCCUUCAGAAAUCUUAGAGCUCUCCAAGUUAGUUUUUCUAGAUCUCUCAUAUAAUUCGUUGUUGAAGCUCCAAAAAUCUGGCCUAACAGUUAUAGCUCAAAACCUCACAAACUUGGAAGUACUAAAUCUUGACAAGGUUGUUAUAUCAUCCAACGUACCUAAUAUCUUGGCAAACUUAUCUUCUUUAACGAAUCUAUCUCUAAAAGAGUGUGACCUGCAUGGUGAGUUUCCUGUGGGAAGCUUCGGUCUACCUAAUCUUCAGCUUCUUCAUAUAGGGUUCAACGAAUACCUCACGGGAUGUCUCCCAGAAUUUAACAGCACUAGCCCCCUUGUAUCAUUGAGACUUGGAUCCACGAACUUCUAUGGUGAGCUACCGGAUUCGAUUGGUAACCUCAAGUCCUUGGUUAUAUUUACUGUGCGGUAUUGCAAUUUCUCAGGAGAAAUACCAUCUUCACUAGGUAACCUUACCAAUCUAGAAGUUUUACUACUUCAAUCAAAUAGGUUGCACGGUUCAAUUCCACGGUCAAUAUCUAGGCUUGUAAAUCUUGAAAUUCUGCGUCUCCAUGAUAACGAUUUGAGUGGCACGGUGGAGCUUGAGUUGUUUCUAAGACUCAAUAACCUCUUUGAUCUCGAGUUAGAUGGAAACAAUAUUUCGUUGCUUACAAAGCCCAGUACCAACUCAACUUUUCCAAAACUUGAGGUAUUAUCAAUAGGUGGUUGUGACUUGGGUGAGUUCCCAGAGUUUCUGAGGAUCCAAGAUCAGUUGAAAUUAUUAGAUCUUAGUGGAAACAAGAUUCACGGCCAAGUUCCAAAAUGGAUGUGGAACGUAAGUAUAGAAACUCUCUGGGAUUUAAAUUUGGGUAACAACUUUCUCACCGGUUUCGACCAACUUCCGGUUGUGCUCCCCUACGUUAAUCUGAAUAAUCUGGCGCUUGAUUCUAACAUGCUUCAAGGUUCACUACCAAUCCCACCUCCUUCCAUUGUUUUAUAUUCGGUCUCAAACAACAAAAUGACCGGAGAAAUACCAGAUUUGAUUUGCAAUCUAAGUUUAAUAAAUAUUCUCGAUUUGUCAAGCAACAACUUGAGUGGUCCUCUUCCACAAUGCUUAGGCAACUUGAGUGAUUCUCUCACAAUUGUGGAUGUACAAGACAAUAAUUUUCAUGGAACCAUUCCUCGGAUCCGUGGUGAAGGAAAAGAAUUGAAGCUGAUUGAUUUCAGCCAAAAUCAUUUACAGGGGCGUGUACCGAGAUCAUUGGCCAAUUGUACCAAGCUUGAAGUUGUUAAUCUUGGAAGUUCGGAUAGCAAUUUCAAAUUCCCAAAAUUGCACAUCAUUGACCUCUCAAAUAAUGAUAUUUCUGGCAAGUUGCCAUAUGAACACUUCCAAAAUUGGAAAGCCAUGCAAAUCGUCAAUGCCAAGAGCUUAAAGUACAUGGGGGAAAUCAUAACUUCAGCGAUGUCUGCAAACUCUACGGUGCGUAUGCCCUCCAUUAACUACUCAAUCACGAUGAUCAACAAAGGCACGGAGACAAAUUAUGAGAAAGUCCCAGAUUGCCCUAUAGCUAUUGACUACUCAAUCACGAUGAUCAACAAAGGCACAGAGACAAAUUAUGAGAAAGUCCCAGAUUUCCUUAUAGCUAUUGAUCUCUCAAGCAAUAGAUUUGAAGGAGAAAUUUCAGAAGUGGUGGGGAAUCUAAAAGAACUUGAUUUGCUCAACAUUUCCAACAACUUUCUCACAGGUCCUAUACCAUUUACUUUGGCAAACUUGAUAGGGCUAGAAUCAUUGGAUCUGUCUCAAAACAGGUUGUCUGGUGUGAUCCCUCCGCAACUAGCAGAACUCACUUUCCUUUCACACUUUAAUGUCUCCCAUAAUCGCUUGAUAGGACCUAUACCACAUGGGAAACAAUUUGACACAUUCGACAACAGUUCGUUCAGUGAGAACCCUGAAUUAUGCCGUAACCCUUUGACCAAGAAAUGUGGGAAUCUUGAGGACUCAGUACUGCCUCCAUCUUCAAGCCACAACUCAAAUCAAUUCUCAUUUGAAUUUGGUUGGAAAGUAGUCGCAAUGGGAUAUGGAUGUGGAUUCGUGUUUGGAGCUGUGUCUGGGCAAAUCGUGAUCACAAAGAAGUAUGGUUGGUUUAUGAAGAAGACAUUCGCAAUUGGGCAGCCGACCCGUAGAAGGGUGAAUUGGAGAGGCCGCAUAAAUUAA